UUUUUGUAACUAUCUUCAAACCAUGAAGCUUUCUGUAGUUUUCAAAUCCUUGCGUAGCUAUCCCGCUUUUCGUGUGGUUACUGGCCCUCUACAGUCUCGUGCUUUUCAGCCUGAUUUCAUUCCCAGGGACCCCAAAUCAAAGCCCGUAAGACACAAGUAUCCUGCUUUCUUUGAUCCUUAUAGCCCUAGACCCCUAACUUCAGAUAAGAUCAUUCGGCUUGCAGAGCAGAUUGCAGCCCUGUCUCCUGAAGAGCGUAAUUUAAUUGGUCCCACGCUUAGAGACAGACUAAGGCAUCCUAAGAUUCAACCAGUUUUAGUGGAGGGCAUGGACUUGGGUCCUCAGGGAGGGUCUGGUGCUGGGUAUUCAAAGGCUGAGGAGAAGAAGGUUGAAAAAACUGCAUUUGAAAAAACUGCAUUUUAA